AUGGAUUCUUCAAAGACCCCCGUCAAGCUCGCUAGAGUUACUAAGGUUCUUGGCCGUACUGGUUCUCGUGGUGGUGUCACUCAAGUCCGUGUUGAAUUCAUGGACGAUACCAACCGUUCCAUCAUCCGUAAUGUUAAGGGUCCCGUUCGUGAAAACGACAUUCUUUGUCUCUUGGAAUCUGAACGUGAAGCUCGUCGUCUCCGUUAA